UGUUUGGGAGUUUCUUUUGUUUUAGUGGCUGCUGAAGUGUUGCCGUGGGAUAUUUAAAAGUGUUCAGGUUUGCUAAACAGAUUGUGUUUUAAUGUAAAACUGCAUUAAGUUAGAAAGUUCAAUACGUUUGACUAGCUUUUGUUUUGUUAGUAGGUUUGAAACAUUUUCUUUCUAUUAAGCAAGUUUGCUGACACUUAUUUUUUACCUUGCCGUUUGCCUGGAAAAAAAGCCAUUGUUUGUUUCUAAUUUGACUGCAAGCCGUUUCGUCUUGUGGACUUUUUUGCUGCUGCACGGAACCUACAGACAGCCACGCAAACCGGUGAGAUCGAACUGAUUAUUAUUAUUAUUAUUAUUAUUAUUAUUAUUAUUAUUAUUAUUAUUAUUAUUAUUAUUAUUAUUAUUCAUUCUCUGACUUGUUUAUGGCACCCAUUGUUUUACUUACUAUAUUUUUUGCUUUGGUUUUCCGGAUUUCAAAUAUGUUUGGAUAUUUUUUGUGUACUACUACUUAAGCAGCUUUUCUGUUGGAUUCUGUUUUUCAUGAAUGGGUUGCAGGACUGUUAUAUACUGGACCCUGCAUGUACUUACUGUUAUGCGGGUGGAAGGCAAAAGUGAUGUGUCAUUAUUGUUUUCUUCUCCUCUCGGCCCUUACCUGUGCCUCAGUCAUUUUAUUUCUUUUCUAACCCUGUUUGGUGCUCACUGGUCUGAUAUUACCCUGGUUUACAGGUGUUUAUAAAAUUACACUGAUAACAAAUAUUCCAGUCUUGUGUGUGGUAAAAUUAAACUGUUGGCAAUCAAUGAAGCUAGCAAUCCUAUUUUUGAAUAUGGGGUUGGUCUUUUGGUCAAAGGUUGUUUUUGUUACAAAGUGAAGCAUUGGACAGACUCUGAGGGGUGGCUUUCAGGCUGUUUACCGACAGCUAUACUGGGGAAUCGGUCACUACUGAAUUCUGCACGACAAUAUCGAUAGGACUUCUGCUGCUGGCAGCGAUUCUGUUCCAAGCGCGAGAGAUGCAGACGAGCCCCAUUAACUUUGUGUGUAAACCUCGUGCCAUGGAGGAGCAAAUUGAAAGGACGAAAGGCUUCCAGGAUGCCUUGAAUCAGUGCGGAAUUCCCUCCCUGCUCCCGCAGAAAGUCACUGUACCAAACGUGGGCUUCCAGAUGACGCAGUGGGAACAGAAAUCCAGUGAAGUACAGAGGAAUGAGAUAAUCUCUGCACUGACCAUGCUCUCGGAGGCAGUGCAGGCAGUGAGGAGCACACCUCAGUCCCACUGCGUUCACGCCCUGCUGGAGACAGUUGUCCAGAACAUCAAGAACAUGGUCCUGAUCCUGCACAGCCUGCCCCUGUCGGCAGCCAGAGCCAGUGAAGAGAAAGCACAGCUCCCUAAGAGCUCCCUGACCAGCAGCCUGCACUGUGUUCUGAGACGCUACACCUCCCUGACCAGGGGCAAGCUGCAGAGCUUCACUAAAGAGACAGCCCCUGAGAUCUGCAAGGGGCGGAGGAGGUGAUUCCCUGCCUGCCCCAACCCUGGAUGCAGUCCUGCAUUCCUGUGGUUCCACAGACACUGCAAUGUUGCAUUGCUUUCAUAAAGCAACACUGACCUCGUCUGGCCAUGUGUCGCAACAGGAGAGGUGCAGAGUUGAGGCCAAUGCAAGGAGGAAGGUGCUAAAUGGAAGGAGAAAAAACGGUUCCAAUCGCCGGCCAAGCCUACAGCAUCAACAAUGCAUGAUGGUAUAUACAGUCAAAUGCAGACAAACAUGUUGAGGCUUUUUGAGGUUCCUCCAGGACUCAGCGGCAGAGUGCCAGCAGGAAAGGGGUGUCAAAUUGCACUGCCUUGAAUACAGCAAGCAAGUGCCAGGACCGCCUGACAGGGCUGGAGUGGACCAUGUGAAACAAACUCAGGAUGAACUGGGGCAGGACCCAGGUGGAAACAAGGCUGUGUACAACUGGUCUGGAUCCUGCCUGCGUGGAGCCCACAGAAUGGAGCCUCUCAGACAUCAGCAGCAUUAACUCCUUCAGCACUGGGUAACUUUAUUGAAUGACUACCCAAGGAUAGCUAAUUAAAUAGCUUCAGAGAGGGACACUGAAAAAGAAAUACAGAUAGGCAUAGCUAUACAGAUAUGUAUUUUGGAUUAGUUUCCUGGUCCGCUGUUUUGAGUGGAGUUCUCUUUCCUGCACUGCUAGAGCGCUCUACAGUGUAGAGUUCUCUUUCCUAGACCUGUGUGCAAGUUUGCAGUGUUGAAAGAGUGACGUAUACAUGUGUAACCUUCUCCCCUCUGAAAACCUGCUCAGGGUUGUCUGUUCUGAGCUCAGGGCUGGUUCCAUGUAUUUAUACGCUGCUGUGGAAAGACCACUCCAAAGAGGUGCUGUGUAUCCCGGUGUUAACGUUGCAUUCUGCUGAUCUUAACCCUUUCCCAACUAUGGACAGAUAUUGCCCAUAUUAAUCAGUUAACCCAAGUACACCUAAAGAUGUCUGCUGAGUUUGUAUUACCCUGUGUAGGAGCAGCACCAGGCUCUCUGUGUUUUAACACAUGCUUUUGCCGAAGAAUUACAUACUGCUGUGUCUCUUUCUGUCUGUGUAUAUAGGGGGGAUUUUCAAAACUCUUUACUGCAAAGUGUAAAUUACUAUUUUUAUUUCACAAAAUGAAACUUAAGCAUGCUUUGACCCACAAUACACUGGCGAGGUGAAAUAGUCCAGGAAGUGUGAGUGUAUCGGAUAUCCCGUGAAUUAGGCUUAGAAACUGAGAACUUCCUGUAAGCUAAAGUGGUAGCAGAAUGAAAAUGUAUGUUUGCUAAAACGUGGUUCCUUUCAGAACUGUGCAUGUAAGAGGUGUGCAGCUAAUGAAAGAGCAGAACAGGUAAGAGUGAGGGGGUUACUUUGUGAACUGCAAUCUCUUUAAAUACAGAACCCGGCUGGGGGUUUGAAACUUCAACAGGAGGGUUUAUCCUAUGAAAAAUGAGAAAUGUACACUUGUGAGUAAAUUUCUUUAGAAAUCACCCCCAUGUUUUUGUUCUGUUAUAUGUUUAUUUAAUAUGUAAAUUCUGUAUAGUUUGUAUAACAUAUCUAUAUAAUAAAUUUCUAUUAAAAGGU